UUAAGCAUCAGUAGUCAAACAGUUUGAGCGCACAAAUUGCCUAUCAGAUUACGUUCCCCAGCUAUGAUCCUUUACAACGCGAGUUCUAUUUUACGCCACUUAAAACGUAGGCCUAUAAUGUGAAUUAUUUUAUUCGAGCGAUGUUUAUUGGCAUGAUGCAAACUAUUUCGAUUAGGUUGUGAUUCAUUUGGAAUAAGACACGUCGAGGGAUAUAUUGAAAAGGUAUAGGUUUCCACAUGUGAACAGGAUGUAGCAGGUUUUACCACGAUGAUUUGACUUUUCCAGCGGUAUGACACUUGUGAUCACUUCCUGGCUCAGUCUCAGCCCCAUUGGAGUUUCAUGCUAAAUUGUGCAACAGUGAGGGGAAGAACUUGAGAGGAGAGCACCAGACAGGACAACAGAUAAGAAAACAGAAGGUUGGACUGCUUCUCUGACCACCAACUGUGGGACUUCUAAGAGGCUUUAAGGUGAAGUGGUCUCAGUGUUUGGAGAGCUCAGCCAUAGUCCCAGGCAGUGAGUUAAGCCCUACAGGGCAAGGCCACCGCUACCAGCCUGCAGCUAUGGACCUUGAGGAGAGUGGUCCUCCUUCCUCCUCAGUGACCUUGCUGCUCCUCUCACCAUGCUGAACGAUGCUUCCUCUGUCAUCUACAUUGUGCUGGAACUGCUGAUCGCCAUACUAUCCGUGCUGGGCAAUGUGCUGGUCUGCUGGGCCGUCUGCCUCAACAGCAACCUGCAGAACAUCACCAACUUCUUUGUGGUGUCCCUGGCGGUGGCAGACAUUGCUGUGGGAGUGCUGGGUAUCCCCUUCGCCAUCGUCAUCAGCACUGGCUUCUGCUCCAACUUCUAUGGCUGCCUCUUCAUUGCUUGCUUUGUGCUGGUGCUCACCCAGAGCUCCAUCUUCAGCCUGCUGGCCAUCGCCAUAGACCGUUACAUCGCCAUCACGAUACCGCUCAGGUACAAUAGCCUGGUGACAGGCCAGCGUGCCAAGGGGAUCAUUGCUGUCUGCUGGGUGCUGUCCAUCAUCAUCGGCCUGACCCCGAUGUUGGGCUGGAACAAGUCCACUGAGCGCCCCAACAGCACCUGCUCCCCAGGCCUGAUGGAGUGUCUGUUUGAAGAGGUGGUUGUCAUGGACUACAUGGUCUACUUUAACUUCUUCGCCUGUGUGCUGAUGCCUCUGCUGCUCAUGCUGGUCAUCUACCUGCAGAUCUUCAUGGCAGCUCGGCAUCAGCUGAAGCUCAUAGAACUAAAGGCUGUCCACGGGGGGAAGUCCCACUCCACCCUGCAGAAGGAGGUCCAGGCGGCCAAGUCGCUGGCCAUCAUCGUGGGUCUGUUUGCCAUCUGCUGGCUGCCGCUGCACAUCAUCAACUGCUUCACCCUGUUCUGCCCUCAGUGUGCCCGCCCACCCCUGUGGAUAAUAUACGUGGCCAUCAUCCUCUCCCACGGCAACUCGGUGGUCAACCCCUUCAUCUAUGCAUACCGCAUCCGGGAGUUCCGUCACACCUUCAGGAGGAUCAUCCGCCGCCACUUCCUGGGCCUCCACCGCCGGCAGCUGUUUGAGAGUGGCGGCAGCACUCGCACCUCCACCCACAACAGCGUCUGUGGCUCAGUGAGGGUUAAGGCCAACUGCCUCAGCUUCGACCUCCACACCGAGCACAACACCUGUAGCUGUGAGAGCCAUAUCACACCUGCAGGGGCCGUUCUGACCUCAGCGCCCAUUCACAACCACCCUCUUUCUGUGAUUAGUUUCCACAAUCACAAUGUGAGCCCCCCUCUGCCACAGCCUCUCAUACAGACCCAGACACAACCCUUAUGUCAUCCCCUGCAGUAUGGGGACCACCAGCAGUCUCCUAAAGGACCGGAGAUGGAAGAGGUAAAGGACAGGCAGGAUCUCUCCCCUGUCCAGGUCAAAUCACUGUUCUAUAAACAUAAAACCUGCUUCACCAAGCUUUCUGGGGUGUCCUGAUGGAUACAGAAUUGGUGCCAGACAUCUACUAGGGAUCCCUUAACACCUGGCCUUCUCUGUGAAAUUACUCAGAUGCUCUUAUUUUUGGGGAGUCAGCUCUGAGUGUAAUGGUAGAUUACUGGGUAGGCAGGCUCACAAGCUGAGGAUCAGAGUUUGGAUGUAUCGCAUGUUAUCUAGAUGGCCUAAUGGAGGCAUUCUAUCAGCAGGGAUUCUAAUAGUGGAGCCGAGCUUCUACACAAAGGCAGCCAUACAAAACAAACUGUAUAUGCACCAUUUCAAUUGGACCUUUCAGCUUCUUGAAGCAAAACAUUGUUGUAGUUAUUUAUAGCAGAAAUGUUACUUGAAUGGUUCAAUGUGAUUCUGUUUGUGAUGUUUAUUCUCUUGGUCUGCGACGUCAUGUGGUGCUUAGAUCUGAAGCUUCACAAUUGGCUCUUGUUCUUUGCCCUAAAGAAAUAACAUCGACGUGAUUGGAUUACUCCUGUGUAUUUGGGGAUGGCAGGGAUGUUUCAAGCGUGUGAUAAGGGGACCGUACUACUUCAUUGAUUUAGCAUGUUUGUGUCCCAUAUAGAUGGACGUGAUGAGAGUGCAUUUCCUUUAGACGUUCAGGUUUUUGAUCUUGCAAAUGUAUGAAUGCAACAAAGCUUAAAUCUGCCUCGCUAAGAGUUUUUCAAUGAUAAUGGUUUUAAACUAUUUUGAGGAGGAUCUACUAAUCUACCACUGUGCACUUUCUCUACAUUACACUUCGUUCAACUUGUCUAACUGUCACUUUCUCUACAUUACACUUCUUUCAACUUGUCAGUAGCACGAACCUGUGCAGAUCCUUCAGAUAUCACAGACAAUUAAAUGGUACAAAUAAAUAAUGACAUACACCUUAUAUUUUUUACUAAAAUGACUCUCUCGCAAGUGUUACAUAUCUAUGGCAUUCUGUGCAUUCUCACAUUUCGGAUGCAAUGCAUGCAGCAAUACCUCCUGUCCAAAAAUAAAUAUAUUUUUUAAGUAAAUCUGUUUUUUGUUUUCAUGGUGAACUGUUUAAGUAUUACAAGUACUGUACAGUUUUCCCAAACAUGAAUUAAUAAGUGCAGAGAAAGCUCCAGGGCUCACUGUGGCUCUGCUCCCAGAAGGGAGGAGUUUUGGACAAAGGGAAGUGAAGCUCCAUAAGAGGGCUGGUCAGUCUGUGGAGGGGGCAGACCAAACCAGAUGGGCCAUGGGAUUUAUGUCCCCUUUUACAAACUGUGAGCUCCUCUGAUUUCUACAGCUUUCCCAGCUUUUAUCCAAAUUCCCGGAUGAUUCCAGGUUACGGGGCACAGGGCAUUCUCCUUUUAAUGUCCUCCCAGGGGCUUCCUGAAAUGACAUUGUAGUGUUUUAAAAAAAAUAUGUUACCAGCAUAAUUGACUGGUGUUUUCUACACAACAACAUCCUGACUCUCACCCCCUUUCUGACAUGACUAAAUAAGACUUCCACAACUCACGUUUUUAGAAGUGGCCAUUCUGGCCAAUAUCUCUUUCACUCACCACUUACGUGUUUAACAAUGCCAUCCUCAAAUGACUGGAGGGUCAUUUUAAAAAUGUUUAUUUAACCUUUAUUUAACCAGGAAAAGCCCAUUGAGACCCAAAGUCUCAAUGGGAUCAACAACAUGAUCCAGCCUAAAAAAAGCAUUUACUACACUCCUCUGUAACAGAGUCUCCCAUCAAUAUUUUAAAUUGAUUCAGUAAGAUAUCUAGAUUAAACAUGGAUUGUUGAUUAUUCCAUGCAUCUGGUGCACAAGAAGAGAAGGCAGUCUUGCCUAAUACUGUGAAUGUCCUGGGGACUUUAAGUAACAACCACCUAAUGUUACAGACAUAGCUUCCUUCCUGUCAUGACUCAGUGAUCCUGAUACUGUACAUGGUUUACUGUACAUUUGGCCAUGAGAAAUGGUGCUCAUGGAACAAGGCUAAUCUAAUUCUCUCACUGAGUGACUCUAUAGUGCCUCAGUCACUGGCAUGUACAAUCUAUCAAGUGUUAGAUGGUCUGGUACUCUUGUCUCAUCUGAUUGACAGUGUAAUUUGAGCAGUAACAACGCACAUUCUCUUCAUGGUCCGUACAAUGGGAAAGAGUUGAUUGAUAGUUCAGUGUUGAUGGUUUAAUCAUGACCCUUUUCGCACUAACUCUUAACUCAUCACGUACGCUGCUGUUACUGUUUAUUAUCUGUCCUGUUGCCUAGUCACUUUAUCCCUACCUAUAUGGACAUAUCUAUCUCAAUUACCUCGCACCCCUGCACAUCCACUCGGUACUGGUACCCUGUGUAUAUAGCCAAGUUAU